CUGUAGGGCGUCCUCCAGUGAUCACUGUAGAUGGGUUUGAUCAUUCAGGAGGGCUUCAUCUACAGUGUGAAUCGAAGGGUUGGUAUCCUGAACCUGAUCUUGAGUGGCUGGACGGUGAUGGAGUCAGCUUGAGUCCAGAAACUACAGAGAAACACAGAAACACGGACAGAUUCAGUGUGAAACACAGCAUCACUGUACAUCGCAGAGACAGCCAGAUUCACUGCGGAGUCAAA